AUGAAGUUGGAAGCCAGGUGUGGUGCAGCCAGCUCAGAGGUCCCUAAGCCUGAAAACAAGGCCAAGUCAGAUGCCGAGCCACAUUCAGACGGGCCUGAGGCCAAGGCCAAGCCCUUGGGGGCCAACCCCAGGUUCAGAUCCGGGCCUGACGCCAAGGCCAACCCUUUGGUCUUCGUGGGCACAGGACGGGAGUUUGAAGAGGUGCUGGCCAUCUCGGGGGGCAUCUCCAGUGGCCUCGACUACAACGUUCCCAGCCACUACCACAGCCGGCUCCGGGAUCCCGACGGCACCGUGGUGCUGGCCAAGCGUAAAGGAGUGAUCGUUCUGGAGUCGGUGCCCUUGAUCGACGCCAGGGAGACCGUGCUGGUGGAGGGGCUGCGCGUGGCACCCAGGGAGCGCGGCAAGGGCGUAGCGCGACAGCACCUGGGGGUCAAGGUGACACAGCUCACGCGGGACAACCAGCUAGGCCCCCGUGAGCUGAAGAAAUACCGCCCCAUCACGCAGCAGGGCCCCACACCGACCUCGCCCCUCCUUGGGGAUCCAGGUACAUAUUCAGAGGCACGCCUCCUGCUGUCGCCCUCCGCACAGCGCGACGAGCUUCCAGGAGGGACCAUCAUCCAGGACUGGCAUCCCUACAGGCCGAGGGAAAGCAGCCCGCGCCGGUUGGCGGAAGGCCUGGAGUGGCGCGUGGACACCCGCGUGCUCACGCUGUGCACGCGCCCCUUUCCCAUCUCGCAUGGUGGUGACGGCACGUGGCGCUACCUCAACAUCAGCGCCUUCGGCAGCGAUGACGCGCAGGUGCAGAGCCAGCUUUUGCAGCAUCUGCAGCGCCGGGCCCCGCGCCUCGCCGGCCUCAUCGUCAUGUGCCGGCUUUUCCUAGCGCCCCAGUUAUGGUCACAGCUGGCUGACUUCUGCCAGGCCGGCCGGGGGCUCGAGCUGGUCAAGGGUGAUAUGGAGCAGCACCUGCUGGAGGCCGCCAUCUAA